UCAAAUCAUCGCUGGCUCAUUUCGCCGCCGACUCUCUGCCAUUUCAUUCUCCGAAAGCAUGUUCCAUGCUGUCCAUCUCUGGGUUUAUACACGAGGUUUCAAUAUUCUACACUCCCGACAGUACAAUGUCUAUCUAGCAUACACAUCAGCACGGUCGAGAGCCAUCUGUACGACCCACAUAGUUCAUCAUUGGCUUGGGCGUCCAACCAAACGCCGAGGCAUUCCACACCCACAACUUUGAUGGCGUGAAGCGCUGAAUCACAAUCAUGACCGAAUGUCGUCGCUCUGUUUUGUCCUGCGCGCGAUGUCGUCGGCGGAAGAUCAAAUGUGACCGCGCAAUCCCUUGUGGCCAGUGUAUUGCCGCCAGAUCAGAAUGCACCGGGUUUAGUUCCAAAGACCAGGACCCUAACAUUCCCCGGAGCAUCGUGCAGCAUCUUGAGACCGAAAUCGCCAAAGUCGAGGGAGAACUCGCCCGCAAUGGCCAUCUUGAAGAACUCAACGCCUCCGACAUCCUGGCAGGUAUGCCAACGAAUGAUGGCAUUCCAACGCCGAAUCCAGCGCUGCCGAUCGUGGAUAUCCCCAAAAUGGACGAACCUCAUCAAGUCCCUCUAGCCGUCGACACCAGUGCCCAGGUGGCAAGGGACACAAUUCGGGACGAGGUGAUGAGCUGUGGUGAAAUCCAAGCCAUGAUCUUCGCCAUCCUACCCACCGGCCCAGGCAUCACCGACUUGAUAGCACGAGUAAGGAUGAGCCUCACGCCGUCGACGGCUAUAGCAACCGGCAGCCCACGGGAGGCGCGCAGGAGAUCCUUUUCGCGGAACGCCAACGAGGUCAGCUGUGCCAUGUUGAAAAGCAUCCCCAGUCCAAUUCUGCGGAGUUUGGUCAAAAAGUACAUGACCAGAGUGUAUCCUAUUUUCCCCAUCCUCCACGCGCCAACUCUGUGGCAGCAGCUCGAGCGAGUGGUAAGAACGGUACAAGAACUUCCCGAAAGACAACGGACCGUACCGCCAUCCUUCGACUUCUUGAUCAUCUACCUCAUGCUUUCUAUAUCUGCAACUCUGGGCAGCGCGAAGACAGGCCACGAAGCAAAACAUAUGGUUUUCUCAGGUUCACUUUUCGAGGAAGGCAUUCAACACUUAUCUGACAAGGCCAAGAUCCCAUCAGAUCUGGCAGGCAUCCAAGUGACGCUUAUGGUUCUUCAAUACGCGUCAAUCAACCCUCGACUGGCAAACGUGUGGAUGCUGACGGGCGCCGCCAUGCGCGCUUGUCUCGAAUUAGGACUACAUCGAGAACCUCCCGAGGCUUUGAAAUUUGACCAUCUCACACUAGAUCUGCGCAGGCGCAUCUUUUGGUCGGCGUACAACUUCGACCGGGCCAUCUGCUCAGCGCUGCAACGCCCACUCUCGAUACCAGACCAGACCAUCGACGCACAUUUCCCCUCGGUGCUGGACGACCGGCACAUCCACCCACACGGCAUUGACCCAACCGGACACGAGACCAAACUGCACAUGAUGCGGUGGAUUCAUUUCCGACGAUUGCAAUCGGCCAUGACCGAGGUGCACUUCCAGGGCAAGCCUCUGGAGCCCGGACAGACUUGGGACGACUGGCUCGUGACCAUGGAAAGACGGUUACAGGCAUGGUACGACGAUUACAAUGACGGCCACGAGUUGACGGAAUUCACGUUAGCCCACGGGCUCACGAACCUGCACCGCCCAUCUCCGCGCGUGCCCAUGCCUGGACCUAGGAGUCUGAUGGUGGCAUUUGAAGCGGCGUGUUCCAGCGCGAAGUCACUGCGCGACCAUAUCCUGACCGGCUUCUAUCGGCGCUCGUGGCUGAUUGCCCACCACGUCCUGGAAAACAGCAUGGUGGUUCUCUUCUGUCUCCGCCACGGCUUCGACACCAUCUCGGCCCGCUUCACCGCGCAGCAGAUUUUCGAAAUGACCAAAGUUUUUACGGCUAAUUUCCUGGCCCUUGCCGCCCAGGGAUGGAACGAAGUCUCCAACUACGCGGGUGUCUAUGAGCGAUUGUUGGGUCCCCUCUUGGAGGCUGUCUUCUCCAACCGUCCGCCUUCGUUGUCGUCGUUCGGCCCCGCCCAAGACGCCGAACUCACGCGUCUCCUGUAUCCCGGCCCAGCUCAGCUGGAUAAACUGCGUUUCGGCGGUCGCUCGGGCUUUGAAGGCGAUGGACUGCCUACCUUCGACGUCGGUACCCUGAACUGGGAUGACUUUAGUGUUAGCGAUGCCCGUUCCGCCUCGGCUGAGGGAGGCUUCGUUGCCGGCUGGGACCUGUUGGACCCCAACGCAGUGGCUGCUGCGUCGGCUCAGGACCUGGUCUUUGGAAUGGCUUGAAACGGCACCUGUUUUUGCGGUAACAAGAAAAUGGAGCGGGCUUUUGGGCUGCCUAUGCAGCGAGUGGUAUGGUUCCUAGAAAAAGAGAACUCGAACUCGAACCGGUCUCGACACCCGGUCACAGUUCUGGAACCGUAUCGGUUAUAGAGUACGUCCUUUCAAUGUGCGGGUGACGGCAGACAAAUUCGGCCACAGCUCAUUGCAAGAGCGACCCUGUUUGAGUCGAGUUGCUUUCGACGCAUGUCAUACAUUGAUGGCGAGCUCAUCCUGCCCGCUCGCUCGCCCGAUACUGUCAACUACAAUAGCGAUCCGCGACUGGAGACGCUUGAACUCCGGACUGGAGGAAACCAACUGAAAAGCCCAGGCGACGCCAGACGAGGCUUGGUGAGACAAGGCUCCAUGAGACGAGGCCUAUUGAUGGACGAAAACAAGGACAAGGACGAGAUAUAUGAUAUAUGCCCGCGGGGGAAAUGCGUAACUUUGGCCCCGAUCGACGAUUUCUAUGCGCUCCAAGCAAAACCGCCCACCUAGCGGUACCUCAGGUAGGAGGUCCUGAUGGGAGUGUACGGCCGCGAAUGAAUACCGGUAAGAGUAUGACGAAGGUCUGUGGAGUGUUGGUAACUAGGUCAGUAAGCAACCCGCCUUAGGAUGCCCUGCAGCUCGCACACUGUCUUGUAUCUGUUGAUUUGAGUGACUACCUGACAAUUGGAUCGAAAGGCGAUGGUCUGCAGGGAGCCUUGUUGUUGUUUGUACAUACAGUAUAUAUGUGGCCAUCAAUGGAUACUAUCUAUACAAUUUACAAGUAGAAGAUGAAGAUGGAUUCGAACGAGGAGGGGGCGAAAAGUCAACAGGGUAAUACAGGUACCCAUUUAGCUAGGUAUGCAUGUAUGUAUUAACUAGACCUACACUGGCAGUACGCCUAUACAUACAUAUAGUCACACGUACAGUACGUCUGUCAUUCGAAACUGCGCCAUCUGGGGAAGACAGCCUCGAUUCGCCUGACUAGCGAAUCCGGGACCCGGACAUUUCUGGACGAAGAAUCCGCGUUGCGGUGCGACGGAGACGACAUGGACUGGCACGCUCGGGC